GGCUCAGGUCUCUAUACUUGCAUCAUUAUCUGCCUUGCAAAUUUUCACUUGUGGGACAUCUGCCAAGGACACAUAAUAAAACAGAGAUCAUGAAUAAAUAAAAUGGGGAAGGCAUCCCAAGAAAACCGGGCAGGAUUUUUGCCUGCAUUGCCAUUGCCUGGUUUUGUGUGGAGGACCAAAUCCUCAGCUGACAAAAACUGUCCUUGACCUGUUCCAGACAAUGGUUCUGCACCAGUUAAUGCCAGGGGAUCAUCUGCUUCAAGGUAAAGCCUGAGACCUCGAUUUAUGUGCACUGCUCAGCAAGGAGCUCAGGUUCUAUGUAAUCUCAUUGGGCAACAGCAGUGGAACUGGUCUGUCCAAAAUGGUUUAUGGUGAAUUUUUCCGCAGACCUGGCAAAGACGCAGAACUUAUCAACUUGAAUGUGGGUGGCUUUAAGCAGUCAGUGGAUCAAAGCACCUUGCUCCGAUUUCCCCACACCAGACUCGGAAAACUUCUCAAAUGCCAUUCAGAAGAGGCUAUUCUAGAACUGUGUGAUGAUUAUAGUGUUGCAGACAAGGAAUAUUACUUUGACAGGAAUCCUUCUUUGUUCCAAUAUGUUCUGAAUUUUUACUAUACGGGCAAACUUCACGUUAUGGAAGAACUUUGUGUCUUUUCCUUCUGCCAGGAAAUAGAGUACUGGGGGAUAAAUGAGCUGUUUAUUGAUUCCUGCUGCAGCAAUCGGUACCAAGAAAGGAAAGAAGAAGGUCCUGAUAAAGACUGGGAUCAGAAGAGCAACGACAGUAUGGACUCCUCCAAUGAAGAGUCAUCCAUAUUUGAUAAAGAGCUAGAAAAGUUUGAUAAUCUGUGUUUUGGUGAAAUAAGAAAGAAGAUCUGGGUCAGAAUGGAAAAUCCUGCAUACUGCUUGUCUGCUAAGUUAAUUGCCGUGUCAUCCCUGAGUGUUGUUCUGGCAUCAAUUGUGGCCAUGUGCAUUCAUAGCAUGCCAGAAUUUCAAAGGCUGGAUGCCAAUGACAGGGAGAUUGGAGACCCUGUGCUGGAAGCCGUGGAGAUCACGUGCAUCAUCUGGUUUACUGCUGAGCUAGUGAUCAGGCUCUUCACUGCUCCAAGUCAAAAGAAGUUCUGGAAAAAACCACUGAACAUCAUUGAUUUUGUCUCUAUUAUCCCAUUUUAUGCCACACUGGCUGUGGACACGAAGGAAGAAGAGAGUGAAGACAUUGAGAACAUGGGGAAAGUAGUUCAGAUCCUGCGGUUAAUGAGGAUAUUUCGGAUCCUGAAGCUGGCCAGGCACUCUGUAGGACUGCGCUCUUUGGGCGCCACUUUGAGACACAGCUAUCAGGAAGUUGGACUUCUGCUUUUGUUUUUGUCAGUUGGGAUUUCUAUUUUUUCAGUGCUCGUCUACUCGGUGGAGAAGGAUGAUGACUCAUCAGAACUGCAGAGCAUCCCUAUUUGCUGGUGGUGGGCAACCAUCAGCAUGACCACUGUUGGUUAUGGGGACACUUACCCGGUCACACUUGCUGGAAAGCUGCUCGGCACCCUCUGCAUUAUCUGUGGGAUACUGGUGGUGGCACUUCCAAUCACCAUUAUUUUCAAUAAGUUUUCUAAGUACUACCAAAAGCAAAAAGCUAUAGACAGAGACCAGUGUAACAAUGAUCGCAAAGAAAAAAACAAUGACCUACCCUAUUUUAACAUUAGGGAUAUUUAUGCAAAAAAGAUGCACUCCUUCAUUUCUAGCCUUUCCUCAGUAGGAAUUGUAGUCAGUGACCAAGAUUCAACAGAUGCCUCCAGUAUCCAAGAUACGGAGGAUGUUUAUAACACAGUAUCUUUAGAGAAUGGUACAGGAAAAUGAGUUGAAUUACUUUUGCUUCUCUUUCUCUUCUGAAUCUUGGUAAAUGUGGACUGACAAACUUCAGUGAACUCAUUAAGAGCAGUCGAUUCUCAGGGUACUUAACUCUCAGCCAUAUUUGGACAUUCUUUGCUCUGAGGAUGCCAUAAAAGCUUCAUUGUUUAUAUGAGGCUUUAAAAUAUGCCUCAUAUAGUGGUUUAGUUUUUACACAACUAAUGUUAUGCAUUUUUGGGGACAAAACAUUUGGAAAAGAGUUUUAAAUGUGAGAUAAGUGGGGUUUUUUGUUUGUUUUGUUUUGUCGGAAUUGUUGUUUGAUUUGUUCAUUGUUUUUUCCCCUGCAGCAGUCUCAUAUCUUACACAGAGUUUGCUUUUAUAAUUUGCUGCUCAUCAGGUAGAGAUGUAUUGCAAACAUGUAAGAACUAUUGCACAAAUUAGUGACGUUUUUACCUGCAAAUACAUUAGAUAAAUGAAGGAAUGGUGUACAUGUAAAAUUGUGCUUACUAACACAUUUAUGUAAUUUUAGACUUGGGAACCUGUUUCCUAAGUUGGGGCAGAAAAUAUAUUGGUACGUAUUGCUUUUACUCCCUGGAAGCAUAAUAUUUAUUAAUUUCUUUCCAAAAGCACAAUACAUUUUUAGUUUGUUGAAAUAAAUUAUUCCCAUUGUGCCUAUAUUUUUCCUAUGAUCCAGCCAUGGCCGAGCUCUAUCAGGUCCUAAAGUUUUUAAGUUGUAAGUCCGAGGAUGAAGUGUCUGGUGUAAGCAGGAUAGGGGCUUUUUAUACCAUUUAGCCAUCUCUCCUGCUGUUGUGACCCUGGGCAAUUCUGGUGCCUGGAGGUGAUCCUGCUCUGAUUAAGGCCACCCCGGUAGCAUCCCCAGGGACUUUGAUUUGUGGGCGCUGAAGCAAACAUCUGUG